AUGGCGAGUACAAAGCUGACAUUCGAGACUGCACUGGCAACGGCUUCAACGGAAUCCUCGCCUCAGCAUAUUAUCAGAGACAAUAUGCUCUUCCGCAGGGCAGUAUGGCUCUUUAGCAUCACGGCUGCAACACUUCAGCUACAACCACAAUGCGACGCUUCAACCAACGGCACGAGCUUCACUGGCGAAGAAGGCUCUGAGCUGAAGCUCAACAGCACGACCGUCCGCAAGAUUGACGCUCAAGAUGCCAAUCAAGGUGUGGCGGUCGAUCGCGACCACUUUUAUUCCAUCGACAACUUCUCCAUCACCAAGCACAACAAGACCACCGGAGAGUCGCUGCUACAGUGGUAUGGCGGGAAAACUGGACCAAUCAUCCAUCUUGAUGGCGGCGUCGUGAUCGAUGGCAUCCUCUACGCGCCACACAGUAACUAUCCACAAAGCCCCAUCACCAGCAGUGUCGAGAUGUGGAAUGCGACAACACUCGAGCACAUUGGCUCGCAUGCCUUUGGCAUCUAUCGGGGUUCUUUGACUUGGAUCGAUCAAGAUGCAAACGGGACGUGGUUUGGCACAUUCGCAAACUACGACCGCAUUCAAUCCGGCCAAAUGCUCCCCUACGGCCUCACAAUGCGCACGCAGCUCGUCCAAUUCAGCCCCGACUGGAGCGUUGCACGAUCUUGGAUAUUCCCAGAGGCUCUUCACCAGUCCUUCAGCCCGAUGUCGAAUAGCGGCGGCAGCUUUGGUCCUGAUGGGUGGCUUUACAUUACUGGCCAUGACGCAGCGGCGGUAUAUGUGAUCAAGAUACCGUCUGCUGGAUCGGAUCUCAUCUGGGUGGCGACUAUUGAUGCUCCGGAUAUCGCUGGACAGGGUAUUGCUUGGGAUCGAUCUGAGGGGAGGAAUGGGAUGAGGGGAGGAAUGGGAGUCUUUAUGGGAUUUCGAGGGAGAGGAGUCAGGUUGUUGAGAUGA